AGAGGCAAAUCAGGACAUAACUUGUUGAUAGGAUUUGAGUGAAAAUUCCUGUGAGAAGGAAUUAUACAACGGAGGAUAUCCAGUAGAAUUUGUUUUGCAAACAUAUGGAAACAACCAGUAAUUUGCACUUAUAUUUGUUUAUAAUCUCCUGAAACAUAGUACAGCCGGUACGUAGGCACCUCCAUUGUAGUUGAAGUUGUAUAUUCGUUAUCAUCGCUGUGGAAUAUACCUGUGUCAUGACUUCGAGGUUCCGUCUGGCGCUGGUCCAACUGUUUGUGGAACGGCGCCGACAUAUCAACUUGGAGCGUGCCCGCAGCCUGAUCAACAGGGCCGCUAAAGAUGGCGCUCAAGUUGUCGUUCUUCCGGAAUACUUCACAUGCAUGAUGGACCCAGAAUAUUUUGUGGAAUACAAGGAGACUCGGAACGGACCCACAUGUCAAAUGCUGGCUCGUGCUGCACAUGAAAACAACGUUUAUUUAUUUGGUGGCACGUUUCCAGAGGAGAUCCCGGGCAGCAAGAUGCUGAACAACACCUGUCAGAUCUUCAACCCUAAAGGUGAUGUGAUCGGUACAUUUAGAAAGCUGCAUCUGUUUGACGUGGACCUAGGAGAGAGGAUGAAGAUUACUGAGUCGGAACUAAAUAUGGGAGGACCGGGCCUCACAACUGUCGAUACAGAAUUUUGCCGGACUGGUUUCGGUGUAUGUUUGGAUCUGCGGUAUCCAGAACUGGCAAGGCUGUAUGCCAUGAGAGGCUGCCAGUUAAUGACAUACAUGGGCGGCUUCAGCCUGACGACCGGUCCCGCCCACCUACAACUGCUACAGCGCGCACGUGCAGUAGACAACCAAAUGUUCGUGGCCAACGUUGGACCAGCCACCAACAAUGAGUCGCCUUACGUCACGUACGGUCAUAGCGCCGUCGCCGACCCUUGGGGAAACCUGAUAGCCGAAACAGGAAGCGACGAGGACGUGGUUAUAGCGGACAUUGAUCUGAGUUUGGUCGCAGAGACAAGAAGGCGAAUGCCCAUUGACAGCCUACGACGGAAUGACUUGUUUGAAACUAGGGACUUGAAAAUAAAACAAGAUUAAUAAACAUUAUUCUAGACAUAUAAUUCAUGAAGAGAUAAUCGUUGUCACUUUAUGUUGUUCGUGAAUAUCAUUGUGUUUCCAUGGUAACGGAGAAUUGUAUUGGUUGUUGUGGAUACUGUGGUGUCCAUUACUUUCUCAAAAGGAACAAAUUUUGAAUAUUCAGAUGUGUUCAUGUAUUUGCAUAGAAAAAAAACAGCAUUCCCAAUUUUUCACACAACGAGUCAUACGACACGAAACAGUUGGCCCCUUGCGAGAUUUUGCUCUGGAGCAUUCGAAACAUUACCCUUGAUAUGAUGCUGUUAUUCUUCACAAUGUAUGUCGCUCUAAUGAUAACAGUAUGGGUUCCAGUAGGUCAUAACUUUAACCACUAGCGGAUUCAGGGGGAGGGGCGCAUCCGGCGUGCAAAUCGUACAAAUUUACUUUUUAAUAUCGGAGAAAAAAAGUAAUAAAAGACGCUCAAAAUAGACCAUUUCGGGCUGGAAAUUGUUAAGGUUCCUUGAGGGAGUACUCCCAACCCCCCUUCCAACGUUUUAAAGCAUUCAAUUUCCGUGCUUAGGGAGUGGCGAAUGUAAAAAAGUUGUACCCCUAAUUUACGCCCCCUCAAUUCCUGGAUCAGCCCCUGGCAUACGAGUACAUCCAUACAUUUUUAAAAUUAUAUCUACAUAUAUUUGAUAUUUUAUAUCGUUUUGUAGUCAAUAAAGAAGUUGUAUGCAUUGUUUCCAUUA